AUGGCUGGGGAACGAGGGUUCGACCUGCGCAAACAACGACUGCUGCUGCUGAGUUCGCUGUACGUGGUUCUGGCAGCCAUUGUCUACGUGUAUGUAUGUGAUCUUGUGUUGCUGCUAGGGCUGAUACUGGCUGUCUGGUUCGCAUAUGACCUUGUUCAAGACUACACCAAGCAGCUGGUUGACCCAGUGGGCAAGUAUGUUCUCAUCACUGGAUGUGAUUCGGGAUUUGGUCUGGAGAGUGCUAAAGCUUUACAAGAUCUUGGCUUUGGGGUGAUUGCUGGAUGUUACGAUGAUAACAGCCCAGGAGCGCUGGAACUCAAGGCCAGGCCAUGGGUCCAAAAGGUUGAAGUGCUCAUUCUUGAUGUUACCAGUGAAGCCAGUGUCUUAGCUUGUGCUAAGGAGGUCAAGGAUAUUGUAAGAGAUCAAGGUUUGUGGGCUGUCAUCAAUAAUGCUGGAAUCAACUGUCAGGGUCCAGCAGAACUGGUCUCCAUGGAAAUGUUUCAUAGGUGUGCUGAGGUCAACUUGUUCGGAGCUAUUCGGGUUAUCAAGGCUGUUCUACCACUUAUCAGACAGACAGAAGGCCGAGUCAUCAACGUCACUAGUGAGAGAGGUUACAAUCCUUGGAAGAACAGUUCUCCCUACUGCACCUCCAAGUUUGGGUUAGAGGCUUUCUCUGCCUGCUUGCGAAGGGAGAUGGCAGAUUUCAAGGUGAAGGUCAUCACAGUAGCACCUGGCCAGUUUGCGGGAGCCACCAGUAUUGUCACCCAGAAACUUAAUGAACAGCUUAUAGAGAAACUGCUGCAGGCGCAUGCCAAUUUAUCCUUGCAAGAUCAGGAGACUGCCUACAGGAAGGAAAUCCUAACUGGUAUCACCAAGACGUUCCAGGCAGCCAUAGAGAAGUCCUGCCGUUCCUGCGAGCCUGUGGUGAAAGCUUACAUUGAUGCAGUCCAAAACAUACAUCCCAAGAGAGCUUAUCUGGUCCAUGGAACAAGGAGGCAAUGUCUGGAUCCCCUCAUUAUUAUGUGCCGAAUUCGCCCGUUUAUUCCUGAAAGAAUUGUUGAAUAUGUGGAGAAGGUGCUUUUUGCAGUUCUUGGAUAA